AUGACCACAAUGAACAUGAAACAACACAACAAAUCAUCGUCAAACGAAGUGUUCGAAGAUUAUUUAAGAGCUCAAAAGCAUCGUUAUGAGCAACAAGAUAAAUUGCUGGAUGUUGCUUUGAACAAAGUUCAGAAUAUCAAAGCCAUUGCUCUUGAUAUGGGAAAAGAAUUGGAUAGCCAUAAAGAAAUUUUGGAAGAUAAUGAUGAACAAGUUGAAAAGCAAAAACACAAUCUUAAAUCGGUGAAUCGAAAGAUUGAUAGGUUGAACGGUGAAUCAUCGAAUACCUCUUCGUCAUCAAACAACAGCAGUGGAAUGUUUUCUUUUUUGAAAUGGUUUUGGUAA